AUGGACAUACAUCAUUUCUCUAUUUCAGAUAUUGUGAAUCACUCAUCGCGUAUUAACCAGCAGUCAUAUUUCAUAAAUGAAAUGAAAGUGACUACGGGAUCCAUUUUGUGUACAGAUCAUGAAAUUGCUAUUAAAACUCAGCCUUAUUCAUCAAAAAAGAAAGAAUAUGGCGAACCUCCUGACGUCUUCUGUCUUGAUUCAUCUUCUAUAGAAUUUUUGUAUUCGAUAUUUGACAAUCGAUUUUCUGCCAAAAACAAUACCAAAACAAAUACAAGUGAGUCAUGUAAGGUAAAUCGCCAAAAUCAGAAACUGGUUCCAUGUCUGCCUUGGCAACAGUCUCUACAUCGUGUUCGUGGUAGAGUCAAAUACCACAUAGGAAGACUGACGAAUCUUAAGAAAACUAUUGGGUCUGACAAGUUGGAUGACUGUGAGCAAGAAGUGAUCUUAAAACAAAAUCAGGCAAAAGAAAUUUUCAACAAGAUACACAACAGACAUGUGCAAAUGCUGAAAGAACUGCCAAAUGCUGGAGUAACCGAACUUAUGGAACAUGAAAUAGAUCGUUUUGCGAACGGAUUGCCGGUAUAUAGCAUCAGAGAAGACAUCAAGAAUAUACUGUGCAAUCAGGGAAGAGUAUUGCUUAUUGUGGCAGGUACUGGUUCAGGUAAAAGUACACAAAUUCCGCAGUAUUUAUUAUUCGAUGGUAUCAUUGAUUCUUCAAAGAAAAUUCUGUGUAGUCAACCACGCAAGACUGCUGUACAUGAACUAGCCAUGAGAGUGAAGAAAGAAACAUCACUGAAUAAUUACUGUUUCGUGAACGUCCCCGUAUAUAAAGAAAAUGGGAAUAAACCUAAUCUGGAUGCAAAAAUAAAUUUCAUAACAGUGAAGCAUCUUUUGGAUUGUAUAAAACAAGAUCCUAUAUUGUCACAGUUUGGAUGCGUUGUGAUUGAUGAAGUUCAUGAGAGGACUGUCUAUACUGAUUUAUGUUUAGGGAUGAUGAAAAAAAUACUUAAAUUGCGAUCGGAUAUGAAAUUGGUGAUAACUUCUGCAACACUAGACCCAGAAUUAUUAUUAAAUUAUUUCGCUGAGUUCCAAGCAAAAAAGCUAGAAAUUCCAGGACAUCAUUACUCCGUCAAGAUUUGUUACGAGCCACCCUUUUCUAGAUGCAAAGGAACUAGAACUUUAAUACAGGAUUAUAUUGAUCGAACAGUGGAAAAAGUAGUAGAUAUUUGUAAGAGUGAAGCUGAGAAGCAGCCUUUUGAAGAAGAUAUUGCUUGGGAAGAUGGCUUGGAAAUGCAUGCAGCACACAUUAUGGCUUUUUGCCAAACUGAAGAACGCCUCUCCGAGCGACUAGCGGAACUUGAGCAUAGUGUGAACGUGAAAAUCAUGACAUUACAUGGAAAAAUGCCAGAUGAAGAUCGAAUUGAAGUUUUUGCUCCUUUGCAGCCCGAAUAUCAUCAUAAGGUUAUUUUUGCAACAAAUGUCGGUGAAACUUCAAUUACUAUUCCAGGUGUUCGAUACAUUGUAGAUUGUGGCUUGGCGAAGGUGAAAAAGUUUGAUACUAUAAAACGAAAUUAUGUCCUAGAACUGAGUUUGAUAUCGAAGUCUGCAGCAGAACAACGGACUGGAAGAGCUGGGAGAACAGCACCAGGAAUUUGUUAUCGUCUUUACUCGAAAGAGCAGUAUGAGGAAAUGGAAUCCAGAAACGUUCCAGAGAUCCUUCUUACCAACCUUAAUGAAGCAGUAUUGCAUAUGAUAGCAGCUGGUGUUAUGGACCCAGCGGAAUUUGAUUUUGUUGAAAAACCGAAUUCAGGAGUUUUGAUGCAUUCGAUGUCACUUUUGAGGUCGUUGAAAGCCAUUGAGUGCCGCGAAAGUAUGUUGGUUUUAACCCAGCUGGGUAAAAAGAUGCAGCAAUUACCUGUGGAACCACGUCUCGCAAAAAUGGUUUUAGAUUCUGUGCAGUACGAUUUAGUGUCUGAAGCAGCGAUUAUCUGCGCAUCUAUUCAUGUCGGGUCGCUUUUCAAUCGUACGAAUAAACAAAAUAAUUUUAUUCUAGCAGAUCAAAAGAAACUAUCAUUUUGUGAAGAUAGUGGUGAUCCAAUGACACUUUUAGCGGUAUUCCUGCAAUAUAUAAGAACACCAAAAAGUCGAUUCAAAUAUUGGUGUUUUGAAAAUUUUGUAAAUUCAAAGCAUAUGAAAUAUGUGUUUAACAUUGCGUAUAAGAUCUGCAAAAUUAUUUCUCGUUUUACGGGUCGCAAUGUGGACCUAAACAAGAUUGAUAUUUCGAGAGCACGAACAGUUAUUCCCAAUCUUUUUUAUCAAUCCUUUGCAAAUAACCUGGCAAUGUAUUCCGGUUUACCGGAGCGUGGAUAUUAUGAUUUUAAUGAGAAGAAAUAUGUGUUCAUUCAUCCAUCGUCAGCUUUGAAAUACAUUGACACAACUCCGGAAUUUAUUGUUUAUGAGUAUUCGAUAUGUACCUCAAAUGAUUUCGUAUUUAAUGUGUGCGCUGUGGAUCCCUCUUGGUUACAUGAAAUUGAUCAUUAUGUGUUGGAAGAGGUAAGAAAGAAUAAAUUAGUACCGUAUAACAUUAGAUGUGGAAUUACUACGAAGAAUUGGAUUAUAUCGCAUAAAGAUAUGCUUGAGCAAGAGGUGGGAGUGUGUGUUGAAAAGAAGAGAUUUAAUGAUCCAUAUCUCAGACUUCAGAUUUAUACUCCAGUUAAAGAUCUCCCAAAAUUAAAGGCAUUUAUUGAUCGAAUUAUAGAAGAAAAAUGGAUUUAUUGUGUAGGAAAACGAAAGAAGUGCGAAUAA